AUGCUAUCUGGAGUUCACCCAAAAGACCACUCUAGAAACGAAUAUUAUGAGAAUUUCAUUUCGAAUUUUAACCGUGGGAGAGAAUUACUACUGAAAGCAGUUAGCCAAGAAGAACGUCUGAGAAGUUCAAGUAAAUAAAAUAUUUAUAGAAUAUUUUUUUAUAUUUUUUUAAAGAUAACUCUUCCAAGAAUGCUAUGAUGGUGGAAACUGCGGAGUUGUACAAAAGAAGGUCGGAAGUUUUUUUCAAAAAGGUAAUAAAAUAUUUUUUUACUAUUUUUUUAAAAAAAUAAAUUCAAAUUCAGGCCAAAGAAGUAAAUUUAAUGGACAUUCCACACGAAUAUAGAAAUGACGUGGGCGAGAAGAAAACCUUGAUGAAUAACUACGACAAGAGUGCGCAAGAAAGAAUUCUUGCAAUUUGUAUGUUUAGAAUAAUUUACUAUUAUCAUUAAGAAUUUAUCCCUGUAGUGUUUAAAUUUUCUGAAUGAUUUUUUGCAGGCGACGAGUUAGGAAUCCGGAAAAGCAACAGCGCUCCUUCGGCAGCAGCAGCACCACGAUCCGUUUCGACGCCACGAUCAGGAGUAUUGCGACCAGUGAGAUUUUGAAAUUUCUCGAUAGAAUGUUGAAUGAAAGAAUGGAACAUGUUUCCAGUUUUGUAGAAUUUAGACAUUUGGAAGUUUGAGUCAUAUAGACUUUUUCAGCAAGCUUAGCGGUGAACCUUGAGAUUUUGAAAUUGAAACAUGUUCCAUGUGUUCAUUCAACAGGAAAGUUGUUUGACUCUUCCCUUGUAACCCAUUGAGUUUUUAUAUAUAUAUAUUUUUUUCUUUUUUUCGCUUGCUGUACUGUGCUGUAGGUUAAUAGCAACAAAAAGGAGCCGGUUCCGAGGCAACGAGGUUCGGAGACGACGGCGGCCAAGAAGGAAGACCCGAAGAGCGCUUGCUCGCGUGCUCGUUGUGCCACUAGGGACAAACCCGUAGCUAAGGUCUUCAGUUUCCUCAAACAUUUUCCCGCCUGUGUUCUCAUCCAAUAAGCCGCAUGCAACAAAGUACUGAAGAAUUUAAAUUGCUUUAACAAAAUUUAUUUUUUUGUUUUGAAAAGUUCUUGGGAGUCGUUAUCAAGGUUUUAACUUUUCGAAAGUGGAAUUGAGCCGCUGUCUGUCGCUUCUUGGUUAAUAUUUUCGAGCUUUCUUGCAUACGGCUUUUUUUUCUCUUCAAAAGCAAGACCCGAUUUUUGGAACUUCUGGGUUCCAAAAAUCGAGCCCUGAUUCAAAAACCAUUUUCAAAUGAGAGAGAUUCUAACCUAUUUCUUUUCAAUAUUUGGCUUUUCUUGAACUCAACCUCCCUUGUUCCAGACAACGCGAUCAGCUUCUGCAACAGUGAGCCGCGCGGCUCUUCUGAAAGGAGUUGAUCCGAAAAUCGGCGAAAGACUUCUGGACGAGGUUCUCGACCACACCGGCGUCACGAUGAAGGACGUCGCCGGUUGUGAUUCCGCCAAAAGGGCUCUUGAAGAAGUUCGUCUUUCUCCGCGGCUUCUGUGUCAUUCCGAGGUGUUCAGGCCGUCAUCUUGCCUGCUCUGAAUCCAGGUCUCUUCAGCGGUCUUCGGCAGCCAGUGAAGGGUAUUUUGCUGUUUGGUCCGCCAGGAAACGGAAAAACUCUUUUGGUAUGAUUUUGACAGAUUCCCAUGAAGUUCUUUGUUUCCAGGCGAAGGCUGUGGCCGGCGAAUCCAACCAAAUGUUCUUCAAUAUCAGCGCCUCGAGUUUGACGUCGAAAUGGGUUGGAGACGCCGAGAAAACGAUACGAGGACUCUUCCAGAUUGCCCGGAACGCCCAGCCGGCCAUCAUAUUCAUCGGUAGCUUUUUUGGGCAAAAAUACUUCAUAAUGUCCGGACUUGAAAUUUCUUCAAUCAAGAAAGUUUUCCAAUUAGGAGUUCUGACCAUUUGAACCAAUAAUUCAAUAGAAAAUUCUUAUAAAAAAAAUUCAAAAAAAUCAGGAAAUAACAGAAUUUCCGCUCAUGAGCUUUUCGAAUCUGUCAGAUUUCUGUUAAUUAGGCGACUAAUUCAUGCAUGAAAUUAUAGAAAAAAAUUCAAUUUCUUUUUUUCAUUUAAAGGAAUGAAGAAAGACGAACAUGCCUAGGUAAUCAUUUUUAAAUUACUAUAGAAAAUAAAAUGGAAUUUCUUGGUUAAUGUUUAUACCUCUUCCUUACAUUUUCAUUGAAUUGAGCUUGAAUUUCCAGACGAAAUUGAUUCGAUUUUGUGUGAGAGAAACGAAAAAGACUCUGAAGUCUCACGGCGGAUGAAGACCGAGUUCCUGGUCCAAUUCGACGGCGCCACUUCGAGCAGCGAAGAUCGGAUCCUUGUCAUCGGCGCUACCAAUCGACCCUAUGAACUUGAUGACGCUGUUUUGAGGCCAGUAUACGCUAAAAAAAUUAUCUGAGAAAAUUUCGAAUAUAUUUUUCAUUUUUUUCGAGAUAAAAAAAUUAGCAUUUUUUUCUGCGAUAACAAAAAGUAACGACUUUGAUCUGAAUAAAACAAAAAAAUAUAUAUGAUGGUCAGCAGUACUGAAUUUUCUAGAAUUUUCUUAUGUUUUUCACAAUGAAACUUUUUUGUUUUUGAUGAAGCUUGGCUGCAGAAAAAAAUCGUCUGAUUCCAAAACUCAAAGAUAAAUAUCUUUGAAUAGAUCUUGUUUCCGAAUUAUGAAGCUCUAGUUGGUUUUUUCCUCAUUCUAAGAAUGUUCCUUUCGAUUCUCUUAGAGGUUCUACUUUUUUUUCGGAGGAAAAGCGUUCCGUUGUCGAUGUUCUUUGUUCAGACGAUUUCCGAAGCGCAUACUCUUGAGUCUCCCUGACGACUCGGCCCGAUUUGAGUUAAUCCGUUCAACCCUGCAGAAACACGAUCUGUUAGCGGGCAUUAGCGACCGAGACGUUAGGUUUUUUUCCUCUUUACCGAAAUUUGACGAUUUUUGAUGCUUUUAGGUACAUUGCAUCCUCGACUCGCGGAUAUUCCAACUCGGAUCUUGUCGAAGUUUGUCGGGAAGCGUCGAUGGAACCUGUCCGAGGGCUCGACAAGCGGACCUUGGCCAAGGUCGAUCGCAGCAAACUCAGGAAUUUGAAGGUUCUUUUUACGAGUUUUUCGACUAGAGGUAUAAAAAAGAUAAGUUUGGUUAAUUUUCCGGUUUUUAAAAAAUGUUCACAUCGUUCUUUUUUGCGUUUUCUUCUUGAAAACAGAGUAAAAAAGAUAUUUUCAAAUUUCCUUCACAAAAUCUUUUUCAUACUCCCUAUCAAUACUAAAAUUUUUUAAUGUUUUUUUUUUAUAAUUUCUUAGUAAACUGUUCUUUACACUCGGGAAAAAAUCCGAAUCAAAUCUCAAAAAAUUCAGCCAUCCGACUUCGAAGCCGCCCUGAUGUCAAUCAAGCCUUCAACGUCGCCGAAAGUCAUGGAAAAACUUGUCGAAUUCGCUUCCCGAUGUGGCCAAUCGUGCAGCCAGUAA